GGCCGUCAGCGUUAAUCUGUAAGGCUGCCCGGGACCUACGAUCCCGGUGACAGCUGAGCGCCGCUCCAAGUAUAUACACAUACCAAAAUAGGAGCAAGCACCCUUAGCACGAACGGAGAGGUCCGUCCGGCUGCUGAUUACUGCCCCGGGGAGUCUCUGCCCAUUUCCCGGUCUCGGCAAAAGCUAUUUCCAAUAUCAAACCGAGCGCUUCUACUCUGCAACUGGAGACUUAAGAACAAAUCAGCAAUACACUAAAACGGAACAGGAGAAUGAAAAUCACUACAAAAACUUUAUCAGUCUGUUGAUCCUUCACAAUAUUGCAGUGUUGGAGAACAAUGAUGCCAGGAGUCUCUGCAAAUGGUUAAAUUACCACAACUCUUUUCCUCCUUAAUUACUUAUAGUUUGGUGCUGGUACGAUGUCAGUCAAAGGACAAGAGAGCUACGUGUACGACUUCUGUGAUGCCAGUCACCCAGCAGAACUCCUGGACGCGCUCAGGGAAUUCUACCUAAGCAACCUUUUCACUGAUAUCACCCUGCAAUGUUCCGGCGGGCAGGUCUUUCAUUGCCACAAAGCUGCCCUAUCAGCCUGUAGCUCUUAUUUCAAGGUGAUGUUCACAGCAGACAUGAGAGAGCGCUCAAACCGCGUUAUCAGGCUGUCGGGGAUCGACAGCGAGAUCCUCACUGCUCUGGUAGACUAUGUGUACACCUCCAAGGUGAGCAUCACCCAGACCAAUGUACAGAGUUUGCUCGAGGCAGCCGACCUGCUGCAGUUCAGCACAGUGAAGAUGGCCUGUGAGAACUUCCUGAUCCGGCUCCUGGAUGUGGAUAACUGCCUGGGAAUGCACGCCUUCGCCGAGCUCCACCUCUGCCCAGCAUUGGAGAGGGAGGCCCGGCGAGUGAUGCUCAGUCGAUUUGAGGAGCUCAUGUGGCAGGACGAGUUCCUGGAGGUUGAUGUGGAGAAGCUUACCACCAUAAUUUCGACAGAGAACCUCAACGUGUGGAAGGAGGGGGUUCUCCUGGAGGCCGUGGUUAGGUGGGUAGCACAUGAUACGUCGGCACGCAUAGACUAUGCCCAAGACCUGCUCUGCCGUAUCCAGCUUGACUUGGACGAGAUGUACUUCAAAACCAUGUUGGACAUGCAGAGUUCCCAUUUCCUGGCUAAUGAAAACAAGAUCCGCACUUUGAUUGCCCACUCUCUGAAGUCCACAUGCAAAGACGUGUCCAUGAGCUGCAAGAAGCUGACCUCUUGCAUGUUUAUAAUCGGGGGCUACUACUGGCACCCACUGUCUGAGGUCCACAUGUGGGACCCGGUCACCAACACGUGGGUGAGCAGAAAGGACAUGCCGGACCACACGAGGGAGAGCUACAGUGUCGCAAUCCUGGGACCCAAUGUUUACGUGACAGGGGGCUACAGGACAGACACCAUUGAGGCGCUCGCCACCGUGUGGAUUUACAACAGUGACACUGAAGAGUGGGCAGAGGGUUGCCCCAUGCUUGACGCCAGAUACUACCACUGCUCUGUGGCGCUACAUGGCUGCAUCUAUGCAAUAGGUGGCUAUAGGGGAGGGGCACCUGCACGAGAAACCGAAUUCUAUGACCCGCUGAAGAAACAGUGGUUUCAAGUGGCCAAGAUGAUCCAAGGUGUGGGGAAUGCCACAGCCUGUGUGCUACGUGACACGAUCUACGUAACGGGGGGCCAUUUUGGUUACAGAGGAAGCUGCACUUAUGAGAAGAUUCAGACCUACAAGGCUGACCUCAAUGAGUGGAGCAUAGCCACAAUAAGCCCUCAUCCAGAGUAUGGUCUGUGCUCAGUGUCCCUGAACAACAAGCUUUACCUAGUGGGAGGACAGACCACCAUCACAGACUGCUAUGACCCGGAGAAGGAUGAGUGGAGGCAGAUGUCUGUCAUGAAGGAGAGGAGGAUGGAGUGCGGCGCGGUGGUCAUGAAUGGCUGCAUCUAUGUGACAGGGGGCUACUCAUAUUCCAAAGGCACAUACCUGCAGAGCAUCGAGAAGUAUGACCCUGAGCAGGACACCUGGGAGAUCGUAGGUAACCUUCCCAGUGCCACUCGCUCCCACGGCUGCAUCUGUGUCUACAGCGUGUAGGUUGCCCUUUUUCGGUACAUGUUGGAGGAGGCAGGUGUUUCCUGCUUCGGAGGACAGAGCACCUGCAUGACCGCCCCCGCCAGACCUCCUGCUGAAAAGCAGAUCUGAUCUAAACCUGCCUCAUCACCCUACUGCCACCUGUUUUCCCAUGAUGCUCAAUACUUUCAGUAAAGUAGUAGCCAGUUUCACCAUUUUCUAUUCCUCCUAAGAUGUAUUAAAUCUUAUUAUGCAUUUUAUUUUGUUGCUUCUCUGAAUACCCUCCAGUGUCCAGAAAGUUCUAUCCAAAUGGCAUCAGUCUACAAAGGCUGGAGGAUUUUAUGUUAACCAGUAAUGCUUGGUAUCAGGCUUUAUCAAGCAUCAAGUUGUUUGCUCAGGAAAGUGUUGCUGUUGUUCUUUGAAGGUUUGAAAUGUGCACAUUGUCUGCUGUAACUUUAUGAGAAAGUUACUUUUUGUUAAUUUUUUUAAAAUUUUAUAUCUCAUGCAAAAUGAGAUGAAGUUUUUAUACCAGCACAAUAUUUGGUUUUUACCUAUUUGUAUUUAAAGCAAAGCAGCUUUUAACUUUUCAAAAGUGAUUAUUAAGACAUCAACUUUGUAAACCUUCGAAGUGUUAAACAUUUUGGUUGAAUGUAAAGAGACCUCUACAGAAGACACUAGGUAAAUUAUUAGCUUUUAAUUGUCUUUUUAUACGUAUUGUAAUUGUGCAUAUUUUUUGUUUAUGAAUGCACAUAGCAACUUGUGUGAACUGUAGUGAUUUUGCUUUUAUACUGUAAGUUUGAUUUAAAAAAAAAAACAACUGCUAUUUAUAAUGUAAUUCAGUCACUUUAUGCUGUAACCUAUAUAUCAGUUAUUUUAAAACAUUUUAUGUCAAACACCAUAUACUGUAUGUGUAUAUACAUACGUACACACACACACACACACACACAUUCUAUAUGAUAACAUUAAACAUUGCAUUUAUUUUCCAUUUAGCUUGAAUAUUAUACAAAUCUAUCACAAAUGAAGUCAAAUUAAAAUAGUUAAUUUAUUAUUUAGUAUCUCUACAGAGGUUUGAUGCUGAUUAUUAGUUUAAUAUAUAGUUUAAUUUUUACAAAUGAAUGUUACCCUUAAGUGCUUUUUCAUGUCGGAAUUUGUGUCAAUCGAGCCAGUUUUGCAAGUCAGAAAUGGCGUUAGUAUAAUUUUACUUUUACAGGAGAGUUUUUGAUUGUUAUACCAGUGUUAUGUUAUAUAAAUGUACUAUUUAAUAAAUACAAUUGUUUUUAAUUA